AUGGGCGCACCACACUUGAACUCCAUUCGCGCCUGCUUGGCCGGCUCCGGCCACGACGCCUUCAGUGAGCCUGCCACAAUCGACCACCUCCUCUCACUCGUGGCGACACCCAAGACGGGGGUGGUGAGUGUCGCCUACGUUGGUACCGCCACCUACGACCUCGCAGAGAGCCAGACGGAGCAGACGUCCCUGCUGCUCCAACGUGGCUGGACGGUUCGACCGAUCCAACUGGCGGACCCUGCCGUGAAGACGGUCAACGACAGCGAUGCGCAUUUUAUUCGAACCGCGGCCGAUAUCGUACUUGUCUCGGGCGGCAACACACUCUACGCGGUGCGGCGGUGGGAAGAGACGGGACUCGCGCAGCUGCUGAAGGACGCUGCGGCGCGCCAGGUCGUUCUGGCGGGCGGCAGUGCCGGCGCGAUCUGCUGGUUCACCUCCGGCCACAGCGACUCCGCGGACCCCGCAACGUACCUCCAGCCAUCGUUGAAGAGGGCGGCACUGAAGAUGGACCUGGUCCCGCAAGAUCAGAUCUCCAAGACGGAGGCAGAACUCGCGGAUCUCAGCACCUCCUGGUCCUACAUCCGCGUACAUGGCCUCAACAUUCUUCCGGGGAUGAUGUGCCCCCACUUCGAUGUAACUCAAGGCAACGGCGUACGACGUGAGGAGGACUUCGCCAAGAUGCUGAAGCGGCACCCAACCGAGCGGGGUGUCGGCCUGGAUCACUGGGCGCUGCUCAUCCUGAAGGGCGACGGCACGUAUGAAACUGCCGCGCUGCCGGGCAAGACCCGCGCCUCGACCCCACCCGAUACCUCGCCCACUGCAACAGUGCCGGGCGUCUUUGUCCUUGAUGUGGUGGACGGUGCUAUCCAGCAACGCUGCGUGCCCACGACGGGGCAGCUGUCGGAUCUCCUGCGAGAGCCGGCGGGGCCGGUGGUGCUGGAUCCCUUUGAGCGUUUCCAUGCAAUGGAGAACCCGACGUCGUCGUCCGGGUCUCUGAUGCAGCGUUAA